AUGCGGAAAGCCUCUGCCGCUCUCGGGCGGAGGAGGCUGGUCGCGGCGCGCAGCGCAUGGGCUUCUUUCCCCACUAUGGAGAGGACUCUCACCGGAAGCGUUGAGGCCAGCGGCUGCGAAGGGAGCGUGCUGUACUCCCGCGAAAACGCCGAGAGGAAUCUGCGAGACACCUCCAUUUGUACCCCCCUUUUGCCUCACUCGCCUUCUUCGUCGCCUCUUUGCUCAUCGUCGUUGCCGUCUCUUCUUUUGCCGCGCGUCCCCCGGUCCUCCGCCGCCUCCUUUCAAGUGCGCGCUCUCUCUCGUUGCACCGGCGCCGUUCGGGCGCGUGGAGGCGCGUUCCACGACUCUUUUUCUUCUGCUGCGGCGCCUCGCGCUGCGCCGUGUCCCAAUCUGACCCCGCCUACGGCUUCUGCCUCGUGUUCCCCUGUGCUUCCUUCUGGCUCUCCAUGCGCGUCUCACAGUCUCUGCGCCUCUUCUUUUGGCGCCCUCUCCGCGGCUUCGCCCUCCCCCGCGUGUCGCCUCAGUCUUUCGCCUGCCUGUCUCCUUUCUGCUCGCCGCUUCUUCGGAGUCGGGGGGAGCUACGGGUACGAUGCGUUCUUCCGUGGUGCAGCUGAAGUCCUCAACGGCUCAAACAUCAACCUGCCUCACCUCCCCAAGCAGGAAGAAGAACCCGAAUUCUCGCGACUCCACGCCGUCCGCCUCCCUCACCAGGUCAAACGCCUCGGCGCAAACUACUUCUUCAGGCGACGCCGCGCGGCGCCGCUCACGUACUACCAUCACAUGGUGGAGCCGAGCGGAGGGGCGAAGGUGCCCGCGGCGGCGGAGGGCGACGCGUGCAUUCAGAGUGGCGUCGGUCAGUCGCUCUGCUUCGUCGCUUCGGCGAAGCGUUCAUACCUUCAGAGCAAAGAGCUGGAGAAUGCCAUCUUCGAAAGCACGCGCGGCUUCGCCUGCCAGCUCAUCCUCGAAGGCAGAGGUGUGAAGGCGUACUUCGAGCCCGACUACCCGAACCUCAUGGUCAGGUUGGGUGUCGGUGUCAAGCCUCUGGCGCUUCGGCGGCUAGCGGAGCAGUACGCGACUCGAGCCAAGAUCUUCGUUGACAAGCGAGGUCUUCUCUUGACCGUACACGGCUACGAUAAGUGUGCGGUGGGGACUCUGACGAUGGCGUUGUUCAACCACCUGCAAGCCAACCCGUACACUAUGAAGGGUGCCCACGUCGCGAUGCAUCCGAUCAAGAAAAAAGUUACGCGAAAGAAGUGA